AAUAUUCAUAGCCGUGACUCAAAGCGCCUGACGUAUAUUGAAUAAUCGCGCUGACAUUGUACACACUGACCGAAAAUUAAAAACCGGUUGCUUACGCGGUCAACCACGAACCAAGAUAAUUUAUUAAAUAACACCGUCUGACGACCUACGUGACAUGCAAGUCUUGGGUUUCCAAAAAUAUCUCCAAGACGAAAGUCACUGCCCUUCAUAAGCCUAAAUGACAUAUUCCGGAGCAAAAGUAGUGAAAACCGGAUUCGCAAAGCCUUUGAAACGAUCUGGUUACACAUUAAACAGUAUAAAAUGAACAAUCAAUUUUACUUCAGCAUCAAUCAACCACAGGACUUCAGAGACAAUUGGAAUUAUUAACUCAAAAAUGUUUAUAAAAAUUAUUGCUCUUAUCGCCUUUCUAGGCGCCUGCCAAGCAGCAGAACAUGCUUACUCGUCCCAAAGCAUCAUCCUCCACCAUGAUGACCACCACGACAAUCACCAUGAUGAUCACCAUGAUUAUCACCACGACUACCACCACCAAGGACAUGACGAACACCAUGGUCUAGGCCAUUACCAUGACAACGACGACCACAAAGAACAUCACGGUCACGAGUUGCACCACGAACAUGAGAUUCAUCACGAACAUGAAGUGCACCACGGCCACCACGAGCACAAAGUAGAACACAAGGUUGAACAUAAAGUGGAGCCUAAGAAAGAACACAAAGUCGAACACAAAAAUGAGCAGAAAGUUGAGCACAAAGUCGAGCCUAAGAAAGAGCACAAAGUUGAGCAUUCGGUAGAACACAAAGUAGAACACGUAGUUGAGCAUAAGAUCGAACACAAAGUCGAGCCCAGAAAGGAACACAAAGUUGAGUCCAAGAAAGAACAGAAACCAGAACUCAAGAAGGCCGAGCCUAAGAUUGUGGAGCAUAAACCAGCUAGAAUCAUCCCAGUAGUUGAGAAACAUGUGGAAGCCCACGUCGAAAUAGUCCCUGUCGCAGCUGCCUCGAAAAUUGUUCCCGUAGCGCAUUACGUGCAGAGCGCCCACAAGGAAUCUCAUGACGAACACAAGCACGCUAUCUCUUCGCAACACAUUUCCCGUCACGACGUGCCCGCUCAUCCCCCCAAGGACUUUGACGACCAAUCUGGUCCUGCUAAGUACGAGUUCCAAUACCAGGUAAAGGACCCUCACACCGGUGACCACAAGUACCAGCACGAGCACCGUGAUGGACACAAAGUGAAGGGAGUGUACAGCCUGCACGAAGCUGAUGGCUCCAUCCGUACCGUGGAGUAUGCUGCUGACAAACACGCUGGAUUCUCCGCCGCUGUCAAACAAACUACGAAGCACAUUGAACAUGGGCAUCAUCAUUAAUUUCCUUUAAACAAUGUUACUCUCAGUCCUGUUUCUUAUUUUGUUAAGGGAUCGUUGUAAACACA